CGUGAGCUGGAUGCUGGGCCGUGGUUUUUUUUUUUUUUUUUGGCAGGCGCUCUACUUGACACCUCGGAGGCGGCGAUGACAACAUGGCCGACGGCGUCUUGUCCGGCAACUCUGCCUCCCGGCCUCCCGCCAACGGAAGUGUCUCAAAGCAAAAGAAGAAGAAAAAACAAAAAGGACGUCAACAAUGUCUCACCCGGCAAAGAAGCGAAAAUUCGACAAAACCCGCCAGGACAGCCUUUAUUUCGACAGCUACUCGGACGUGACGAUCCACGAGGAGAUGAUAGCGGACCACGUCCGCACCAACACGUACAGACUCGCCAUUCUGAAGAACAGCGAGUCGAUCCGGGGCAAGGUGGUCCUGGACGUGGGGGCCGGCACCGGCGUCCUCAGCGUGUUCUGCGUGCAGGCCGGCGCCGAGAAAGUCUACGCCGUGGAAGCCUCCUCCAUCGCCGAGCAAGCCGCCAAAAUCAUCCGCCAAAACAACAUGGAGGACAAGAUCCGAGUGGUCCGAGGCACGGUGGAGACCGCGGAGCUCCCGGAGAUGGUGGACGUGAUUGUGAGCGAGUGGAUGGGCUACGCGCUCCUCCACGAGUCCAUGCUCAACUCGGUGCUGUUUGCCCGGGACAAGUGGCUGAAGAAGCCCGGGGGCGUCCUCCUGCCCGACAAGGCGCAGCUCUACAUCGCGCCCAUCAGCGAGCCGGUGGCGGAGGAGCGGCUGGGCUUCUGGCACACCGUCAAGGACACCUACGGCGUGGACAUGUCCUGCAUGAGCGACUUCGCCCGCAAGUGCAUCAAGAACGCCGACAUCUCCAUCAGCCCCUUGGCCGCCGAGGACGUCCUCUCCCACCCGGCCCGCUUCGCCGAGCUGGACCUCAACACGGCCGCGGUGGAGCAGCUGCGGUCGGUCGGAGGCCGCUUCCGCUGCGAGUCGUUCGGCUCGGCGGCCGUGAACGCCUUCUGCGUCUACUUCACCGUCUCCUUCCCCUGCCCGGACCGGCCGCAGCCGCUGGUGCUGUCCACGUCCCCGUUCAUGCCCGAGACCCACUGGAAGCAAGCGGUGCUGUACCUGGACGCUCCCGUGGACGUGACCCAGGACACUCUGGUGAGCGGGGAGGUCAACAUGUAUCCUUCUGAGGAGAGCGACCGACAUGUUUGCAUCGGUCUGGAGUACACCAUCGGGAAGCAUAAAACGCACACUAAGACCUUUUCCAUCCCCGACUGGACUGCGGAGACACUGUCCUAGUUUUUGUAUAAACACUAAAUUAUAGCUGGUUAAGCACGUGAAGUGCACGUUUAUGCAAAAUGGUGUAGGAAUCGACCGAUUAUUCCACCUCCAUCCACAUCGGCCAAUAUUCGAUUGUCAAUAUUCAGUGUUUUAUCGUUUAUAGGAAAUAUUGUAAAUCCCACAUUCUUUGUCAUGUACAUUCUGGGUGUGUCAUUCAGUAAAAAAUUAAAAAAAAUCCAUUCCG